CCUAAACUGCAGCACACGAAGCGCUGUGAUUGGAUGUCGGGAAAUUGAGAGAAAAGAGCUAUCCGUUUGCAACGAGAGAAAGGACAGCCCGGUUCCUCCAACGCUCAAAAGUUGUCAAGAAAAAAAAAAACGACCAAACAGGGCGAUCCAUUUCACAAAGCGAUUCUUUUGCGUCCUUGAAUAGCGCUGCGCAAGAAGAAAAUACAACCUUUCUUUUAAUUCUGCUCUCUCUCUCUCUCUCUGUCUUUAUAAAAAACCAUUGGUUCCUUGGAAAAGAUCAUGUCGGCCAACGGGCCCAGUAAAAAACAAGACUACUUGACAGAAGAACAGCAAAAUAUCUUGAGUAAAAAAGGAACUGAAAUUGAACGGUUUCAAACAGAUAUCACUACUUUAGCAAAACCAUUAAUUACAGCGGCAGACGGAAACGCAUUCGAUUGGUCAAAGCACGUAACACCCGGCACACUCUCCGUUUUUCAAGAAGACUCUAGUUGGAACCGAUUACCAUACAAUUCGGAAAGUGGACUGUUGAAGCGCAAAUACCCCUCAGAUAUCCGUGAAGCAACCGGUGGAUCGACGUCUUCGUCGGCGUGGAAAAAAAUGCGAGAUCUCACUGAUUCUUUUGAUGAGGCUGACAACGACAGUCUAUCCGAUGGCGACGAACUGUCGCCUACAGUAACAAAAUUCGAGACAAGUGAACGUAAAGCAUUUGGAACAAAGACGAUGGAGGAGGAUGUCAUUGUGGUCAAGUGCAAAACUUGCCAACGUCCUAUUCUUGCAAGCAGUUUUCGGGCCCAUUCAGAAACAUGUGGUCAAGGUGAUAAACGGCCACGGGCAUUGACCCAGAUUGAAUCUUCGUCUUCAUCCAACAACGGCAACAACAACGAUAAGUCGAAUAUCAAGGGAUUCUUUUCUGACGACGACGACGAUGAUGACGACGACGACGAUCCAAUUGCACUGAAGCGACAAAACGACCCUUCGUUCAAAAAGAAGAAACAGACAGAUAAGAAAAACAAUGGCAGCGGUAGUGGUGGUGAUGUGAUUGAAGAAGCACUGGAUCCAACCUCUGUACCUGCAAAACGACCCCCAUCGACAAACGAGAAACCGGAAAAGAAGAAGACUAAGAAGGAACAGAAAAAGGCCAAAGCGACACCCAAGCAGAAAGCACCUCUGGACUUGGAUAAGCAAUGUGGUGUGAUCCAAGGACCCAACAACACGCCGUGCACUCGGUCGUUGACAUGCAAGAGUCAUUCCAUGGGUGCAAAGCGUGCGGUAGCGGGACGAUCCCAGCCCUAUGAUGUGCUACUGUCAGCAUAUCAAAAGAAAGCGAUUGGCCGGCCACAGUCUACAGGUGGAAGCACAGGUGCCAACAAAGGUGCGACGGUGGUGGCCAAAGCGACGACAAAAUUGAAUGCCAAAAAAUUACAAAACAGGACAGCAUCACCUGCUCCUGCCGGCGGUGCUGGCGGCGCUGGUGGUGUCGGUGGUAGCACUGCUGGUGGUGGUGGUAGUAGUGCUGCUGCUGCUGCUGCUACGGGUGGUGCUGGCGGAGUCAAUGCGCAAGACAGCACGCAAACCAACGACGAGCAAUUCGUAAACUCGGACGAGGAGGUGGAAAACGUAAUGCAUGCCAUACGCACGAGCUGCCCUAUGCCUCUUGCCGAAAAGCCAUUCUACUUUGUAAAGCGACGAAGGCAGUGCUAUCGACUGCGAGACAUCCUGUUUGAUACCAUUACACCCAAGUUCGUGUCCAUGGCUCACAGUGACAGCAACAGCAGCUUGUCGAGCCUCUACAAUAAUAACAACAAUAACAACAAUACCAAUACCUCCCCUUCUGUUCAUAAUAACGGCAGCACGCCAUCUCCCUUACACCCGCAACAACAGCUCCAUCUACCACAACACGCAUUCCAACCUGCCCAUACCAUGAUGAACUCACCCGCAAACACAGCAGCCAUGAACCGUAUCAGUCAGCCGGCAACAGGCCUAGCCGGUCCUUCUCUAGGAAUGAUAGGCUUUUCAGGAUCCAUGGACGCAGGAACAAUGUUUGCAUCAGCCAACGGCAACAUGCGAGAUACUUUGCAAAAAUAAAAGAAAAGACUGUUGUUGUACAGAG